AUGGCAUCUUGUAAUCGUAAAGUCGAAGCUGACUUCGUGAUUAUAGGUGGAGGUACAGCUGGAUGUGUCAUAGCGACUCGAUUAGCCGAAUAUGGCUUUGAAACCUUAUUGAUUUCGAGCGGCUUGAAUGAUACAGAAAAUCCUCUUAUGAAGCAAAGCUCUCUAUACCGUCAAGUCUCCCAGUCGCCUCAAUUCAAACAUUAUCUUGUACCAGAUGCGUCAUGUAGUCUAAAUAAUACAAGCGUCGACAUUACUGUGAUAAAUACUCUUGGAGGAAGUAGCAUUAAUGGUGGGGGUAUGGAACGAAUGACAGCAAACGAAUGGAAUAGCUUUGUUCAUGCUACUGGAGAUGAAUCUUUUGAUUGCCGCAUGAUGUCAAAAUAUUAUAAAAUGACAGAAAACUACACAACAAAUGAUCCAUCUUUUAUUGCCGAAAAUCAUGGCCAUAAUGGUCCUAUUAAAAUAACAAAGCCUUAUAACUUCGAAUUCUACAAUGUAUGGGAAAGUGUUGCCCGAGAAAUCGGCGAAACAUUUAGCAAUGAUUUUGUAGAUGGUCUAGAUUAUGGGUUUUCAUUUGAAGCUUCUUCAUUUACAAAUGGAGAGAGAAGCUGGAGUGGUAAUGCUUAUCUCGUCCCUGCUCUCGCUAAAUAUUCAAAUCUAAAAAUAAUAACGGGUGCUACUGUCAUCAAGUUAGAUGUCGAUGAAGAGACGAAACAAAUUAAAAAUGUUGUGUUUAUUUCGUGCGAUGAUCUAUUUAGUGCUACUGCGAGGAAGGAAUACAUUCUUUCUGCCGGUACAUUUUAUAGCCCUCAUCUUUUAAUGUUAUCUGGUGUUGGCGAUCCUGAUACUUUGCAACAACAUAGAAUACCGAUAAAACAUGAACUAAGACAAGUAGGAAAGAAUUUAAUGGAUAAUGGAGCCGUAGUGAUCGAAUACAAAUCAACAAAUUUAUCUUUCGAGUCAUGUAAACCAAUGGCACUAAUCAACAGCCAAUCACUCACCACAGAUACAAAUCCUGACAUAUUCUUUUUUCUACAACCGAAUGAAAAAACCAAACAUGUGGAUGCGGUUAUAUUUAAUGCUUCCCCGAAAUCAACUAUUGGUUCUGUAUCACUAUACAAUUCCAAUCCAUUGAUAUUGCCCAAAAUAACUCUAAAUUACUUAAAGGAUCAAAACGACGUUGCAACUUUUAUUAAUGGUAUUAAGUAUGUUCAACGGAUCAUGUCUACUGGUACGAUUAUGAGUUAUUUACAGCUGACUGAGAUUCCGCCGAUAACAAAAGAAAUGGAUUUACCUACAUAUGUUAGAAACAAGUUAAUGGGAGCUGCCCAUUUUGUUGGGACAUGUUCAAUGGGACGAAACGCACAAAAUUCAGUAGUCGAUAAUUAUUUUAAGGUGCAUGGAAUGGGUAAUCUUCGAAUAGUGGAUGGUUCAGUAUUUCCUGCAGGUCUCGCAUCGAAAACAGGACCUUGUCAUACAAUAUAUGCUUUAGCAGAAAAGGCAGCUGAUUUAAUACGCCAAGAAUAUUCAUCAAAUAACUUAUAA